CAUUUCUUCCUUUUUAAAUGUUUCCCUAAGAACAAACUAUUUAGGUGCUCUAAGUCCUCAUCUAGGGAGUCUCUGGGACAGUGGCCUUCAGGAUUUUAAACUUCCUCCCCCAAACCAGGAACAUUCCAAAACAGAUCCUUUUCCAGGGCCAUUUCCUGGGGGUGGGGGAGAGGGCUUGGAAUCAAUGCUGGAUUGAAAACAUUGAAAUAGGUUUGCCCCAGACUUAACACCGGCUGGGCAGGAGGAGGGUAAUUUUGACUUAGCCGUUUCUCCGAGCGCGUGGGGAGCGCCAUCAGUUGCUGUUAGGGGGCCAUGUCUCAGAGGAAAGCCUGAGCUACAAGGCAAAGGCGUCCCCUCUGGAACAAAAAUCAGAAAGCUAUUGGCAAAGGUAAUCAAUCAGGCCAUACGUAGCCAUUUACUCUCUUCCUUUUCGGGGCUGGAGGUGGGCCAGGAGCCCUCUAAGGAUGCGCUGGACAACUUGUGGAAGGAGGAAUAUGCCCUCCUCCGCCAGCGCCCCUGCGGCUUUUGUCUCGGCUCCCAGCCGGGCUUCCGAGGCUUUGUACUAUGGAUUUGGGAGUGACAAUGGGCAUUUCCCUCAGAUUCAAGGCUGCUUAACCUCACCUCUGGAGGGAAAAAAAAUUCAGAAGGGAGUGGCCCAAGGACCCGGCCAUUCGGCCAGAUUUUUAGACAUUUUGGGAGUCUCCUCUGAGGCCGCGAAGCGGCCCUGCCUGGAGAGACUCACUGAGGCAGGGCUGGGACGGCGGGCGGGAGCGGGCUGCUCCACCAUUUGGGUUCUGCCCUGUGGCGUGUUCUCUUCCAGGGCCUUUCUAGCAGCACCGGAGAAGAUGAGGCACCGUGGCCGCCACUGUCCGUGCUGCGCCAACUCGCCCGGCCGGCCGCCCUUCCGAGGGCAAGCAGAAGCCCCUUCGCGUCCGCCGCCGCCGCGCCAGGCGGCUCGGCUCGUCCCUCGGGCCGGGCCGCGGCGUGUGCCCAGCCUCACGUCGGGGUGUGUGUGGCCGCGCGGGCGUGUCAGCCCCCAGUUUAGCGGACUGAUUUACUCCCGGUAUUGGUAAAUAUGAUCACGUGGGCCGCGCGACCAAUGGUGGAGGCUGCAGCCUGCGAACUAGUCGGCGGCUCCGGCGCCGGCGGGGAGCGGCUCCGCGGCGGACAGAGUAACCUUGGGUGGGAGCGCGGGGCGCCUCAAAAUGUCUUCCAGUGGCACCCUCAGCAACUACUACGUGGACUCGCUUAUAGGCCAUGAGGGUGACGAGGUGUUCGCGGCGCGCUUCGGGCCGCCGGGGCCAGGCGCGCAGGGCCGGCCUGCAGGUGUGGCUGAUAGCCCGGCCGCCGCCGCAGCCGAGUUCGCCUCGUGUAGUUUUGCCCCCAAAUCGGCCGUGUUCUCAGCCUCGUGGUCCGCGGUGCCCGCCCAGCCCCCGGCGGCGGCGGCGAUGAGCGGCCUCUACCACCCAUACGUCCCCCCGCCGCCCCUGGCCGCCUCUGCCUCCGAGCCUGGCCGCUACGUGCGCUCCUGGAUGGAGCCGCUGCCCGGCUUCCCGGGCGGUGCGGGCGGUGGCGGUGGCGGUGGCGGGGGUGGAGGCGGCGGCCCGGGCCCCAGUCCCAAUCCUGGCCCAGGCGGCCCAGCCAACGGGCGCCACUACGGGAUUAAGCCUGAAACCCGAGCGGCCCCGGCCCCCGCCACGGCCGCCUCCACCACCUCCUCCACUUCCUUAUCCUCCUCCUCCAAACGGACUGAGUGCUCCACGGCCCGGGAGUCCCAGGGGAGCAGCGGCCCAGAGUUCUCGUGCAACUCGUUUCUGCGGGACAAGGCGGCAGCGGCGGCGGGGCGAACCGGGCCCGUGGCAGGGAUUGGGGCCGGGAACGGGACGGGCGGCUCGUCGGAGCCCUCUGCUUGCAGCGACCACCCGAGCCCCGGCUGCCAGCUGAAGGAGGAGGAGAAGCAGCAUCCGCAGCCGCCGCAGCAGCAACUUGACCCAAACAACCCCGCAGCGAACUGGAUCCACGCUCGCUCCACCCGGAAAAAGCGCUGUCCCUACACCAAAUAUCAGACGCUUGAGCUGGAGAAAGAAUUCCUCUUCAACAUGUACCUCACCCGGGACCGGCGCUACGAGGUGGCCAGGAUUCUCAACCUAACAGAGAGACAGGUCAAAAUCUGGUUCCAGAACCGCAGGAUGAAAAUGAAAAAGAUGAGCAAAGAGAAAUGCCCCAAAGGAGACUGACCCGGUGCGGUGCGGGAGCGCUCAAAGGCAGCAGUUUUUCUUGUUUUUGUUUUUUCCUUUGUGGGUGCUUGAUUUCCAGAAACUCUCCAAUGACUUGGACUUCUUUUUGUUUUUCUUCUUCUUCUUCUUCUUUUUUUUUUUUUUUUUUAGGUAGAAGUGACUGUGUGGUUGGUCUCUGUGAGGUAUUUGGGGGACUCUGUUUGCUCGCUUAUGUGUUGGAAAAACGCAGUGGCUUUGGGGUUUCACCCUAUCCCACACCCUCCCUUUCCUGCUCCAUUGGUUCCUUAGGAAAUGCAAUAUUUUGUGAGUGCACGCUGGCUUGGGGAGCCCUCUCUUGUGUAAAUGUCCCUCAUGUUUCUGAAAAGUGCUGUAGUUUAGUCCCCCCACACCCAGCACUGCCCAAACAGGGGCCAAGCGCGCCCCAAUUCCAAGAAUGAAGGCAGAGCGACAACAGUGCGGACACCCCGGCUGCAAGCCCCUGCCGAAGCCGGCCGCGUUGCCCAACAGUUUCAAAAGCCCCCUUUCCUCAGGGAGCCCGCGGCACCUCAGCGGAUAUCUUCAGUGAGGCCUAACCCAGGGCCUCGGGUGGGUUGGGGUUUCGUCCUCAGUGCAUUGGACGUGCAGCUCUCUUCCCCGAGGGCUGGGCUCGCGUGGGCGGCCGCGGGUGGUGGCUCUCCCAGUUCCUGCCCAAGGACCAGUUGUAAAUGUUACUGCUUCCUACUAAUAAAUGCUGACCUGAUCAAUGGAGCCCAGAUCCUGGCCCUAAA